CUAAGCGCGGUCGCCUCGGCGCACGCAGUCAGUUUGGUUGAACCGACCACGCGCAUUGCACGCGAGUGGUUGUGCCUGCGCGCACGUCGAUCGUUCACCCCGAGUUCACGAUCGUCAGCUGUCAAAAUUUGACAUUUCGUAACAGUUCACGAACGAUUUACGUGUGGAUUUUAGCACGAUGCACUAAGUGUACACACUCAAGUAUUUUGUAAUAAGAACUUAGGACACCAACAGAAGUGUUUUUCUGUGUUAUGGCGCGAGAUUUUUUUAUGAAUAAUUCAAGUCGCAUAAAAAUGUUUUGACGUUCCGCUUCGCAGGUUUCUGUGUUAGUGCUGCGAUGAUAUUCGAAUGGAUCGAUUUAUUUGUGUUGUGUUUGACAUGUAACCUAGUAAUCAUUUGAUUUGAAUUGUUGUGAUUGUUGUUAUGCUGGUUAUCAUGCCGCAUUAAUGUCGUUCGACGCUGAUAUGUCUAUAAUUAGCGAGCUACGAUGGCUGCAAGACGACGAGUUGUUUGCACUUUCGUUGCAAAACGAAAUCGAAGCGGCAGAGGCUUGCAAAUGGCUACGUGCUGCCGGUUUCCCGCAAUACGCCCAGAUGUACGAGGAUAUGCAAUUCCCGAUAGAUGUGUCCGGCGUCCAAAACGAUCACCCCUUUCUGGAUGCAGACUCUUUGCAAUCUCUAUUCAGACGUUUAACGGCACUCAACCGCUGCGCCACAAUGAAAUUAGAACAUCACCAUCACCAAAAAAGAAAUCAAAAUGAUUCUGACGACGAGCAAUGCGCUUUGAGUGACAAAUGGCAGUACGAGAGGAAGUCGCGGCGAUGGUCCCGCGUCGUCGAGAUAACACCGCAAGCGCAACACAGGCUGCAGGUGAUUGCCGCAAGGGCUCUUGCAGAGAGAGAGGCUCGCGAGGCUCGUGGAGAAGUCGAGGACGACGAAGACGAAACUCUCCCUACCAUUAGAGUGGGUCUAGUCGAUGCCGAUGGGCGUUAUACUGAUGUUGAGCCAGACCUGCUGAAAGUUCCGGGUCAGGCUCCGUUAAUACAGUUACCAAGUAGCGACAAAGAAGACGAAGGCGAAGAAACCGCUACCCGAUUCCGCCGAACUGGCUCGGAACGCCUCAGAGACGGCGCUAAAGCAUUACUGCGCCGUGUGGAAUCUAUAAAAACUAGGCGACGAAAACGCCAGAACCGCACAGAAGUUGUCGUUUCUUCCCCACAUUUUUUGGAUGCCCAACAACAAGACAAAUACCCAGAUCUGAACUACAUUGAUAUGACACCAACUACGCCGACGGCUUUUCCGUUUCCGGAUUUUAAUAAUUCACCGUCGCGUGUGCCAGUAAUCCGCACGCAACCGCCUUCGCCGAUAACAACCAUGCCUCCAUCGCCAAUUGCCCAAGCGGAACAAGCGUUUUCACUAAACCCGCCCUUUGGAGAUGACAGUUCAAGCUACGCUUCUGAUAAUAGCAUGAGCUCAAGUAAUAAGAGCACCAAAUCUAAACUGGGCCGAGCUAAAAGAAUCUUCCAUAGAGGACUAAAGAAUAAUGAUGAACCUGCUGCUCUCAGCGACUCAGAAUGUCAACCCGCAAGUUGGAGACACAACUACUUCAAAGAUCACACCAAAGACGCCACUCAUAAAAAAACUGAGGUUGUUGUUGAGCCUCCUUCUCCAGUGGAAUUGAAGCCUGAUCCGGCCGUGUUACGUGAAGUGCAAAAGUCACCAGGGCAUACUCCGCACCGCCGCCAGGCAAUCAGAACUAGCUCCCUUAAUCUGGGCAAAGACGGGCAAAAGUUCCGCGACAGAAGCCUGAAGCGCGACAAAUCGGCAUCGAGGAGCUCUGAGCUCGAUAGCAGCCCUAACUCGGCUGGAUCGCGAUCUCAAGACGGAGACGUAGACCAAGAUGAAGAUGAAGAUGGCUUCGAUCCCAAAAAUAAGAAAAAUAACUUAACAAGAUGGUACUCGUUCCGAUCUUCAUCUGCAAUGAAUGGUGGUCCUAAAGCCCAAAACACUUUACAACAAUCGUCUCCCACCAAAGAAAAGGACCCUGAGGCUUACUUAUCUCGGCCAAUGUCCUCGCUCUCUUGCGGCCAGCUCCACAUUUUGCGCAAACUAGCAUUGCUGAGGCUAACAGCCUGCAUGGAACGAUACUGUCCAUCGCACAAGUCCGGGUGGAAUUGGGAACUUCCGAAAUUGAUCCGCAAAAUCAAGUCCCCGGAUUACAAAGACAAAACUGUCUUUGGUGUUCCAUUGACGGUGACUUUGCAAAGGACUGGACACUCACUACCGAAACCCAUCCAAAGCGCUCUCAACUGGUUGAAAAACAACGCUUUGGAUCAGAUGGGAAUCUUCCGCAAAGCCGGAGUCAAGUCCCGCAUUGCCAAACUUCGUGUCAUGGUCGAGGCAGCCGGUGCGGCUAACGCAGCAUUUGCCAAUGAAAACAUGACAACAAUAGACACUGAUCAGUCAAGUCUCAGUUUUGACGGGUCACAGGCUCAUGAUGUAGCUGACUUGGUGAAACAGUACUUUAGGGAACUCCCUGACGCUCUGCUCACUAAUAAACUCAGUGAGACCUUCAUUGCUAUCUUUCAACAUGUUCCGGAGCUGUUGCGACCGGAUGCUGUUCAGUGUGCACUUCUGCUUCUGCCAGAGGAACACCUGGAAGCUUUGCACUCUCUGCUGAUUUUCCUAUCUGAUGUCGCAGAACAGGCUGAAAUAAACCAAAUGACUGCAUCUAAUUUGGCUGUAUGCCUUGCUCCUACUUUGCUGAGGCUUCAUCACGUACCUCCUACAACUGGUAGUACAAAAGAAGGGAAUUCUAACAGAUCGGUGAUCGAGAAUGUUGCUGACCAAAGGCAAAUAAGCGAAAGCCGAGCGGCCCAUGCUUGCUUAUUGCUUCUCAUAGAACACCACGAACAGCUGUUCAUGGCCCCGGCAGACAUGUUAGCCCGUUGCAAGUUCAACUACUUCGAUGAAAGUGUACCAGUUGCAUUGGAGGAGUUGGGAGCCGACUUUAGUCAGGAUUGGAAAGGGUUCCAACAGGCCUGCAUUAAAGCUUUACUUAAAGAAGCCAAAGAAAAAGUCGGUGGGAAAUCAGCGAAAAGAACUCGUGGAUGGAUGUCUGUGUCUGGGGCUGCUCCUCAUGUAGAGCUAUGCUGCAAAAAGGUUGGUGAUGGACAUCCAUUGAGACUGUGGAGAGCCACAACUGACAUCGAAGCCCCGCCGCAAGAAGUGAUGCAAAGGAUUCUGCGCGAACGGCACAUUUGGGACGACUCAUUGGUGAAGUGUCGUAUCGCUGAACGACUUGGCACUAACGCUGAAGUGUUUCAGUACCUUUGCUCUACCAGCAUUAAUUUGCCACCUCGAGAUUAUUGUGUAUUACGCUCAUGGCAACAAGGAGGCGCCGCCGGCGGUGGCGGGUGGUGUGCCAUUGCCGAGACCUCUGUAGCUCAUGGCUCUGUGCCACAAGAGGGCUCUCGGGGAGUCGUGUUGGCUUCUCGAUACUUGGCCCAACCGGCUGGCAAGGGACGCAGCCGACUUGUACAUUUGGCUCGAGUUGACACCAUGGGACGAACACCGGAAUGGUACAACAAAUGCUACGGGCACAUCUGCGCCCUGUAUUUGGCUCGGAUCCGCGCCUCUUUCAAGCACAACACGGAAGGCCCCGAGUCUAACGUAUGAUUCUCUGCAUUCCACUUAACUUAGGUCCAUAUUGGAUCUAACUUGAGUUUGACGUUUAUUAUUUACCGUUGGUCUUUAGAUAGCCCUAUACUAAAGGCUUCCUAGUACAUUCGCGUGCAAAUAAUCAUAAAUCUAUUCCAGGUCCUAUCAUAUAGCCGUAUAAUGGAGGCUAUGUACCUAACACAGUGUAUAAAUGAUAAUAACGAUGAUGACAAUUAAAAUGUCGCAUCACCGGUAUAGGACAGUAAUGUGCGAUAUCUUCUGUAAGUAAUUAUAUGUUGCAUGCACGCGUUUGUAAAUGUCUAGAAUGAUUAUUUUCGAUGAUAUUAUUUCUUCUGUUGAUAUUAUUAUUUUCAUGUGACCAAAAUUAUUAUUAUUUUAAUUGCUCGAUAUUAUUUCUAGUUUGUAAGUGUACAUAAAAACUACUUUAUAUUACCAGAUGUGGUAAUAGUUAAAAAAAUAUGAUGCAUAAUAAUUAUUAGGUAAACUAAAUGUAAGUUAAAUUUUUAUUACCUA